AGCGCGGAGAGAAUGAGAUCCUGCAGGUCGCACGGCAGCGCCACCAGGAGAGGCGCGCCGCUGGGGGGGGAUGCGCCGCUGGGGGAAGAGGCGCGCGGGGGGGAGGGCGGAGGGGGAACGGCGGAAGUGGAUGGGAGGACGAUGAGAGGAGGGGCAGCGGAUGGGGGUAUGGACGAGGGUGCGGUGGAGGGGAAGGCGAAGGAGGAGGAGGAGGAGGAGGAGGAGGAGGAGGAGGAGGAGGAGGAGGAGGAGGAGGAGGAGGAGGAGGAGGAGGAGGAGGAGGAGGAGGAGGAGGAGGAGGAGGAGGAGGAGGAGGAGGAGGAGGAGGAGGAGGAGGAGGAGGAGGAGGAGGAGGAGGAGGAGGACGGGGAGCGGGGAGAAGCGGAAGGGAGAGAGAAGGACGGGGGGUCAAGAUUGGUGCUGCCACGCUGCUGCUCCGUGCACGACCCCCGGCACUCGUGAUAGUAAACAUGGCUGAUCUCA